UUAAUUGUCAUUUGACAUCUAUCAUAUUGUUGACUUGUGUAGUAUUUUUGUGGAAAAUACACGAUUAAUUUAUCAUUUGAAAUUUAUUUUUGGUAAAUUUUCCAACAGCUUCAAUAGCUUUAUAAUACAAUGGCUUCAAGUCCAUUUCUAAAAACUCCACUUACCGAUUUAACUGGUUGUGUUAUUAAUCAUCAACAUUAUGAUAAAUGUGGAGAAUUUGAAAUGAAUAUGAUGGAUUGUUUAGAGGCAUACGGUCUUGAUAGAGGAAAGAAAAAAUGUGCUGAUUUAAUUGCCGAUUUUCAAGAAUGCGCAGGAAUGAGAAAACAAAUGUUGCGGUAUAAUGCAAUGCGAUUGGAAAGACAUCGUCAGUAUCUAACUGGUGAAGUGCCUAAAAGUAAACACUAUGCCGAACCACCAAGAACAGAUGCUUAUUAAAUAGAAAAUUUCAACUUUAAAUUUAAUUUGAUUAACUUAGUACGAAAUCUUAUUUGAACUAAAAAAAUAUAUUAGAUAUAUCAUGGUUCACAA